UACUACAUGUUUGUAUUAUGUUGUUCAUUUUCAGAAAAGAGCUAGCAAAUUUUGGGAAGAAGAUGUAUAAAACAAUGGGAAUCCUUUCCGGCCACCGUCAAAUACUGACGUGUAGAACGUAAAUAACGUUCUUGUCGUAGAUUUAGGCGAUUGAAAAUUUUGAGGGCAACAAUGUCCAGGCCAUGGUAUUCAAUCAAGCACAGUUCGUCCGCGGUACUCCCAGACAUCAAGCUGUUCGGUCGCUGGAUACCCACAUUUCGGACAUUUCCGUAUCGGAUUAUAUCGCAGUGAAGGAGAAGCACACCAAGAAUCACGUCAAAAAACUGGAAGCUGUCCGAGUCGAAAUAAUGCAUCUGCUAACCGAGGAAAAUCCGUUGCAAAUUGCGGUGCAGUCCAUAAUCAACUUGGGAUCACGUAAAUAUUCGACCCGUAUUGGUCGUGCCGGUACUGCGCGUCGUCAGGCCGUUAAUGUUUCCACACUGCGUUGCGUGAACCAGGCUAUCUGGCUGCUGUGCACCGGUGCUCGUGAGGCUGCAUUCCGCAAAAUCUAGACUAUUGCCGAAUGCUUGGCUGAUGAGUUGAAUAAUGCUGCUGAGGGUUCGUCCAACUGAUACCAAAUCACGAAGAAGAACGAACUGGAUCUUAUCGCCAAGUCUAACCGAUAAACCGUUACGGCAAGGCACAUGUGUGACAGCCGGGCGAUUCUUCCGAUAUUCUCGUCGUUUUACGACCUGUUUCUGCUCGCGUAAAUUUAAUAACCCUCAAAAUUAACAAUAUUCACAACAAUGGUUCUGUUGUGCGCUAAAAUGUGAAUAAAAAACGCAAUCCUUUUAGAAGUUUUAAACUUUUGAAUAUACGAAUAUUAAAAAAAUACGAUUUAGGAUUUUUGUCACUAAGUACCCCAGUAACCAUAAGCGUUAAGUCCCUCACUCGAACAUAUGCGGUAAAACCUAGACAGCAAAAGCUGCACACUUGCCGUGAGGGACAAGGCAAGGUACCUUUGUUCGAGACUUGCUAAAGUUAAUUUUCAAAAAACAUUAUUCAUAUCGUGUUAGAACGAUAUAUCAUUGUAAAUAUCAAAUAACCGUGGAAAAUCACAAGAAUUGAUCCAUAUAAGAUAUUAGCAUUUUAUUGUAUUGAAGGUUGGCCUCUAUGGCAGCGAACUUUGUGCACUAUUGUUCAAAUCCAAUACAAUUUUGAAUUUAACCCUUGGCUACACCAAUACACUGGGUUCGGCUAACCCAAUGGCGCUACCUAAAAGAAAAGCCUGUUGUUCUUUUUACUCUUCUUAAUUUUCUCGACUAGGCCCUGUAUCAAAUCUAAAGACAAAAGGCGUUGAUAGUUGUCAGAUUCCAUUUGUGUGUUUUUAACAAUUGCUGAAAAUAAUUGUAGCUCAAAGAUCGCACCUCAACCAAGAAAUUACAAUGCUUGCUGCAUUAAAGUUUAAUUUUUAUUCAUUCCUCACUUAACAAUACACGAUAUAUCGUCGUUCAGGACUUUUAUUCCAUUUGCAUUAAAUGAUUUGUAUGAAAAGUAGCAACACUGUUUUCCAUCCCGUUUGUAAAUAUUAUGAACGAUCAAUCGGAAACUGGUUCAAUAUUAGUCUAGUUCGCGGGUUUGGAUCACUAAUGAUCAAUUAAAGCAGCUUUUACCACAUUGGCCACCUAUGACGGCUAGCUAUGCAGAGAUGCCUUGACGAGUACCGCUUCCCCGAUAGAUGGGAAAGGCAGAAAUUGGUGUUGUUGCCGAAGCCCGGGAAGCCGCCAGGCGACCCAUCGGCGUACAGACCAAUCUGUCUGAUCGGCACGACUGGCAAAUAGCUUGAGAGGAUCAUCCUCAACAGGCUAACCCCGUACGCAGAAGGUACGUACGGCCUGUCAAGCAACCAGUUUGGCUUUCGGAAGGGUAAGUCCACGGUGGACGCUAUCAACUCAGUGAUAAAGACUGCCGAGAUAGCGAUCCAACGAAAAAGGCGAGGCAUUCGAUA